AAUCCGCUUUCAUCAGCUGCGAAAUACUCAGAUUAUGGUGAGGUCUACUGUACAACCCUUCCAGAAAUCAACCGUAAUCAACUGGUUUUCAUCGAGAAAAUCGGUCAAGGAGAAUUUGGAGAGGUACAUCGAUGCUUUCUCGAAUCUCGCCAGGUUGCUGUAAAACGCCUCCAUAGCACGUCACAAGAGGACGAGUUAGCCUUUCUUCGCGAGAUCAGAGUAUUAGGUACUUAGAAAUUUGAAACAUCCCAAUGUGGUGGAGGUGAUUGGAGUGUCAACGAUCGACAAGCCGAUGAUAUGCAUCAUGGAAUAUAUGGUUAA